GUGGUGUCAGUGAGUCUAUGGAGCCUCUUGCAACAUUAAUAGUGUUCUAAGACCAGCAAGUCGUCUUAGCUCGAUAACAUUCGGUUUCAGGUUGAGCGAGUCUAGGUUAAAGAUGUAAACAUAUCAUUUUACAGACAGUAAGAAAACAGCAUGUGGUUCAGGUUCUCGAGGACAGGCGUGUAGUUUCAUUUCUGCAAAAGCGAAGGCCAUUAAAGUUUUACAGAAGAAUCACUUCCCGGCAUCUGUGAGGAUCUAGUGCAGUGACGAUGGCGUCAUCUCACACGAAGCUGGAAGAAAACCUCAAGUGCUCUAUCUGUUUAGAAAUCUUCAAGGAUCCUGUGGUUCUGCACUGUAGUCACAGUUUCUGCAAGGCUUGUCUGGACGGGAGCUGGAAUGGGAAGGAGGUGAAGGAAUGUCCACUCUGCAGAAAAAUAUCUACGUAUACUCCUCUCAACAAUCUAGUCCUCAAGGAUGCCUGUGAAUCAUUUGUGGAGGAAAGGAAGCACAGAGUUUCAGCAGAAACUGAAAGCGUAACAUGUGUGGUCCAUUCUGAAAAACAGCAGCUGUUCUGUGUGGAUGACCAAAAGCUGGUGUGUAUGCAGUGUAUAGCUCAGGACCAUCAAGAUCACAGCUUCUGCUCCAUCAGCAAAGCUGCGAGUCAUUGCAAAGAGGAGCUGAAGUCUUCCCAGGUGGCUUUGCAGGCAUUGCUGGAUACAUUUAAGGAUUUUAAAAGCACCUAUGAGGACAUUGCCAAACACAUCAAGUCUCAGGCUCAGCAGACAGAGGCGCAUAUAAAAGAGCGGUUUGAAAAGCUUCACCAAUUCCUCAGAGAGGAGGAGGAGGUCAGGAUCACAGCACUGAGAGAGGAAGAGGAGGUGAAGACAAACAGGACGAAGGAGAAGAUUGCAGCAGCUGAUAAAGAGUGCAGCUUACUGGACCAACUGAUCCAAGAAAUAGAAGACAUGAUGGAGGCUGAAAAUGAGAGUUUCUUUCAGAACUAGAACAUCUCUCUAGAACAUCAAGAUGUCAGUGAAAGAGCUCAUUACACAACAGCAUCUCCACAGCUGGACUCAGAAGCUCUGAUUGACGUGGCCAAACACCUGGGGAACCUUACAUACAAUGUGUGGGAGAAGAUGAAG